UUCUGACUCCUCUCGGAGGAGGCUCCGGGACCCCGGGAGUAACAAGUGUCUGGAGGCUGAAGGGUGGAGGGGUUCCAGGACUUGGGGUUCUCUUGUGAAACUCCCCUCCACCCUCCUCUCUCGCACCCACCCACCCCCUCACCCCCUUCUCUUUCCGUCCUUGGAAAAUGGUGUCCAAGCUCACGUCGCUCCAGCAAGAACUCCUGAGCGCCCUACUGAGCUCCGGGGUCACCAAGGAGGUGCUGGUCCAGGCCUUGGAAGACUUGCUGCCAUCCCCGAACUUCGGGGUGAAACUGGAGACGCUGCCUCUGUCUCCCGGGAGCGGGACCGAUCCCGACACCAAGCCGGUCUUCCAUACUCUCACCAACGGCCACGCCAAGGGCCGCUUGUCUGGGGACGAGGGCUCCGAGGACGGCGACGACUAUGACACCCCUCCCAUCCUCAAGGAGCUGCAGGCGCUCAACACCGAGGAGGCGGUGGAGCAGCGGGCAGAGGUGGACCGGAUGCUCAGUGAGGAUCCAUGGAGGGCUGCCAAAAUGAUCAAGGGCUACAUGCAACAGCACAACAUCCCCCAGAGGGAAGUGGUGGAUGUCACAGGCCUGAACCAGUCACACCUCUCCCAGCAUCUCAACAAGGGCACCCCUAUGAAGACCCAGAAGCGCGCCGCCCUGUACACCUGGUACGUCAGAAAGCAGCGGGAGAUCCUCCGACAGUUCAACCAGACAGUCCAGAGUUCUGGAAAUAUGACAGACAAAAGCAGUCAGGAUCAGCUGCUGUUUCUCUUUCCAGAGUUCAAUCAACAGAGCCAGGGGCCUGGGCAGUCCGAUGAUGCCUGCUCUGAGCCCACCAACAAGAAGAUGCGCCGCAACCGGUUCAAAUGGGGGCCCGCAUCCCAGCAAAUCUUGUACCAGGCCUACGACCGGCAAAAGAACCCCAGCAAGGAAGAGAGGGAGGCCUUAGUGGAGGAGUGCAACAGGGCAGAAUGUUUGCAGCGAGGUGUUUCCCCCUCCAAAGCCCAUGGGCUGGGCUCCAACUUGGUCACUGAGGUCCGUGUCUACAAUUGGUUUGCAAACCGUAGGAAGGAGGAGGCGUUCCGGCAGAAGCUGGCCAUGGACGCCUAUAGCUCCAAUCAGACGCACAGCCUGAACCCCCUGCUGGGCCAUGGCUCUCCCCACCACCAGCCCAGUGCCUCACCUCCAAAUAAGCUGUCAGGAGUACGCUACAGCCAGCAAGGAAGCAAUGAGGUCACUUCCUCCUCAACAAUCAGUCACCAUGGUAACAGCGCCAUGGUGACCAGCCAGUCAGUUUUACAGCAAGUCUCCCCAGCCAGCCUGGACCCAGGCCACAAUCUCCUCUCACCUGAUGGUAAAAUGCAGAUAUCAGUCUCAGGAGGAGGCCUGCCCCCCGUCAGCACCUUGACAAAUAUCCACAGCCUCUCCCACCAUAAUCCCCAGCAAUCUCAGAACCUCAUCAUGACCCCACUGUCUGGAGUCAUGGCCAUUGCACAAAGCCUCAACACUUCCCAAGCACAGAGCGUUCCAGUCAUCAACAGUGUGGCCGGCAGCCUGGCAGCCCUGCAGCCCGUCCAGUUCUCCCAGCAGCUGCACAGCCCUCACCAGCAGCCCCUCAUGCAGCAGAGCCCAGGCAGCCACAUGGCCCAGCAGCCCUUCAUGGCUGCCGUGACUCAGCUGCAGAACUCACACAUGUACACACACAAGCAGGAACCCCCCCAGUAUUCCCACACCUCCCGGUUUCCCUCUGCGAUGGUGGUCACGGAUACCAGCAGCAUCAGCACACUCUCCAACAUGUCUUCCAGUAAACAGUGUCCAUUGCAAGCCUGGUGAUGUCCACAUAUCACUUACUCCGUGCACAGCAACAAGGACUCUUUUCCACACCAUCACCCUCUGCGCAGCUGUCGUGGAAAAGCCCAGCGACCUGACAAGCACCUGGGAGAGGUCCCAGCUUACCUGACACCCUGGUGGCACCUC